AUGGCUGAUCGCAUACAAAUUUCAGAAUAUGUUUGGUUAAACCCAGAAAAGAAAUCGGAAUUUGAAGUGCCAAUAGCUGUAAAAAUCUUAAACAGUUCGGGAGGAAGGAUACAAGUCCGAGAUGAUAAUGGGGAGGUGUUUUCAACAGAUGUCACAAAUGUUAUCAAACCGCUACACACGACCUCGCUUGCGAGCGUCGAAGACAUGAUCACUCUGGGGGAACUCCAGGAGUAUACAAUACUAAGGAACUUGCAUAUAAGAUAUAAUCAACAGCUUAUAUAUACGUACACUGGAUCUAUGUUAAUAGCAAUAAACCCUUAUGAAAUCCUGCCAAUAUAUACCAUGGAUCAAAUUCACUUUUAUCAAGACCAUAACAUCGGUGAUAUACCGCCUCAUAUAUUUGCCAUUGGAAAUAAUUCAUACAAAGAAUUGUUGGAUACUGCUACAAAUCAGUGUAUUGUAAUAAGCGGAGAAAGCGGUGCCGGCAAAACAGAGAGCACUAAGCUACUAUUGCAGUACUUAGCAGCUGCGAGUGGCAAACAUUCGUGGAUAGAACAACAAAUACAAGAAACAAAUCCGAUUCUAGAAGCUUUCGGAAAUGCAAAAACAGUUAAAAACGAUAACUCGUCACGUUUUGGAAAAUAUAUAAACAUUUACUUUAAUAGUAAAGGAGUUAUCGAAGGUGGCAAUAUUGAACAGUAUUUGUUAGAGAAAUCACGUAUAGUGCGACAAAAUAAGGGUGAAAGAAACUAUCAUAUAUUCUAUUCACUGGUAACCGGGUUAUCUGCUGACGAAAAAAAACAUUUGGAUUUGGGACGUCCGGCGGACUUCGAAUAUUUAAACUCUGGCAACAUGCUCACGUGUGAUGGCCGCAACGAUGCUGUAGAAUUUUCCGAUAUAAGAUCCGCUUUUAAAGUUCUAAAUUUUUCCGACAACGAUGUUUGGGGGAUAUUUACACUUUUAGCGGCCAUUUUACAUUUGGGAAAUCUUAAAUUUAAAUCAUUGAAUGUAAAUAAUAUUGAUAGUUCUGAAGUGAGUGAUGCUCUUAAUGCGAAUAGAAUUUCCAAUCUACUUGGAAUAAAUAAAGCCAAAUUUUGUGAAGCAUUAACACGAAAAACUUUGCUCGUUCAAGGAGACAAAGUGGUUUCACCAAUUUCGGCAGCGUCAGCUAUUGAAAGUCGCGAUGCUCUAGUAAAAGCUUUAUACGGCCACAUAUUUGAAUAUAUAGUAGAGAUGAUAAAUAAGACAUUACACAAAGAUCGACCCCUUACUGGAGGUUCAGUCGGCAUACUCGACAUUUUUGGUUUCGAAAACUUUGAUUCCAACAGUUUUGAGCAGUUAUGCAUUAAUUACGCUAACGAGAAUUUACAACAGUUUUUCAUAAAACAUAUUUUCAAGUUUGAACAGGAGCAAUACGCUAAAGAAGGAAUAAUAUGGUCUAAUAUUAAUUAUGUAGAUAAUCAAGAAAAUUUGGAUUUAAUUGGUCAGAAACCCAUGAAUUUACUUUCACUUAUUGAUGAAGAAUCUAGGUUCCCUAAAGGCACAGACCUCACUUUGCUCUCUAAGUUAAAUAGCAACCAUAGCGCUAAAAACAGUUAUAUAGCUCCGAAAUCCACGCGUGAACACAAAUUUGGAGUGAGACACUUUGCUGGUGACGUGCUGUAUGAAGUUAAAGGUUUUCUUGACAAAAACAGAGAUAUGCUAACAGCAGACAUAAAAGAAAUGAUACUAGAGUCUAAUAACACAUUUUUAAGAAACUUAUUUUCUGUGGAAAUCUCGGCGCACCACAGUGGAAGUAGAAAAGCCGUGUCUUUAAGUCAUCAAUUCAAGACUUCCCUGGACUCGCUUAUGAAGACAUUGUACGCGUGUCACCCAUUCUUUGUGAGGUGUAUCAAACCUAAUGAACACAAAAAGCCUAGGCUUUUUGAUCGUGCAUUAUGUGUUAGGCAACUUCGCUAUGCAGGAUUGAUGGAAACGGCUAAAAUAAGACAAGCAGGCUAUCCUAUACGGUAUACGUAUUCGGAAUUCGUACAUCGUUACAGAUUGGUAGUACCCGGAAUACCGCUACCAGAAAAAACUGAUUGUAAAGUUGCAACAAAAAAAAUAUGUAGCGAAGUCCUAAAAGAUGAAGACUAUAAAUUGGGGCAUACAAAAGUAUUUCUCAAAGACCAUCAUGAUACUCUAUUAGAGGAAUUACGUCAUAAAAUACUUAAAGCCGCAGUUAUAAGGGUUCAAGCUAAUGCAAGGAGAUUUAUUUAUCGUAAAAGAUACUUGAAAUUAAAGGCCGCAGCUAUUAUAAUUCAGAAAAAUUUCCGAGCACGAGGCUUCAGAAGCAGAUUCUUGAGAAUGAGACGUGGCUACUUAAGGUUGCAAGCAGUCAUCAAAUCUAGAGAAUUAAGAAAAACUUUCAUAAACUUAAGGAGAUUCUUCAAAAAUCUUCAAGGGCAUUGCAGAGGUUAUCUUGUAAGAAAAUUAAUUAAAGAAAAGGCACACAUUAUGAAGGCCAGAUUAGCGCAAAUGAAAAUUGAUACAAAUAAUAUCACUGAUGUUAAAAAAGCUGAAGAUGAACAUGAAAAGAAAUAUGAAGAACUAAUGUCUUCGAUUUGGAUAGCCAAGGAGGUGGUUCCCGAGAGUGAUGUCCAAAAUACAACCAUUAUCGAUGAUCGUUACGUUGAUGAUGUAUUUGGGUUCUUGAAAGACUCUUCUACUCCAGCUGGAACAGUGCGAGGAACAGGAUUUGGAAUGUCAUCGGCGCCAAAGCCGGCAUUAUCAAAUAUACUUCCAUUACCGCAAGAGGAGGAACUAGAGCAGUUUGACGAAUAUAAUUUCAAAAAGUUCGCAGCAACAUAUUUCCUUGGAAAUAUAAGUCAUCAAUAUUCUAGAAAGCCUUUAAAACAUUCACUCUUAGACCUACCGUCGCCGAUAGACAAAAUGGCGUCUCAAGCUAUAUGGAUUACAAUACUGAGGUUCAUGGGAGAUUUGGCAGAACCUAAAUAUGUUGACGAGAAAGUUGAUAAUAUACCAGUCAUGAGCAAAUUGUAUGACACUGUCGGCCGCGCGUUCCAGAAGAGUAAAGAAUUUGAGGACCUUAUGGUACAAGAACAUGGGCUAGGUAAAAGUAAAAUGAUUCAGCGAACAUUGAAAAAGCAAACUAAGUUAAAUGAAGAGUUUUUAAAGGGCUUAAUUAACGAUGAAGUGACUAACGAAAUGUACAGCAACUGGUUGAAUUCUCGGCGCAGUUCCAAUUUGGAGAAACUUCAUUUUAUCAUAGGCCAUGGUAUUAUUAGAAAAGAAUUAAGAGAUGAAAUUUUCGCUCAGCUUUGCAAGCAACUAACAAAUAAUCCAUCGAAGGCUUCCUUCGCUCGCGGUUGGAUUCUGUUAUCUCUUUGUGUUGGCUGUUUCCCGCCGUCAGAACAUCUCCUAAAAUACCUACGUUCAUUCAUUCGAGAAGGGCCACCAGGUUACGCACCUUACUGUGAAGGAAGAUUAGUUAGAACUUUUAAAAAUGGCCCCCGAACGCAACCACCUAGCUGGCUCGAAUUGCAAGCGACGAAAACGAAAAAACCAAUUCUUUUAACCGUUACCCUAAUGGAUGAAAAUAUGAAAACCGUGCAAUCAGACUCUGCGACAACAGCAGAGGAAGUAUGUCAACAAAUAGCCGAAAGUAUUGAACUUGUAGAUACAUUUGGAUUCUCACUUUACAUUACUUUAUACGACAAAGUCCUUUCACUCGGAAGUGAAACUGAGCACAUCAUGGACGCAAUAUCGCAAUGUGAACAAUUUGCCCGUGAACAAGGAACUCCAGAGAAAAAUGCACCUUGGAGAUUAUUCUACAGAAAAGAAGUGUUUACUCCUUGGCAUAAUCCGGCCGACGAUCCUGUCGCAACUAACCUUAUUUAUCAUCAAGUAAUAAAAGGUGUUAAAUUUGGAGAAUAUCGCUGCAAUUCUGAAAAAGAUUUGGCUAUAAUUGCAGCUCAACAACACUAUAUUGAAUACGGACCGCGCAUAGAUCCAAAUCUUUUGAGAAAAGUAAUAGUGAAUUACAUACCAAAUCAGUUUAUUCAAUCGAACGAUGUAGCUCUUACUAAAUGGGAACACCUUGUCACAAAAGCAUUCGAAUCAUCAUCAAGUAUCCAAACUUCAGUUGAACCACUUCGAUGUAAAGAAGAUAUAGUUAUUUUCGCAAAAAUAAAAUGGCCGAUGCUAUUUUCAAGAUUCUUUGAGGCUGUUAAAUUAAAGGGAGAUACAAUCAACAAAGAUCUUAUUAUAUUGGCUGUAAAUUGGACUGGAAUAUACAUAGUUGAUCAGUCAGAGCACAUUCUUUUAGAAAUGUCGUAUCCUGAAGUCACUUACGUUGCUUAUGAAGAUGACAAUGAAUUUGACAAAGUUGGAAGAAUAACAAUUCGGACCAUACAACAAGACGAAUUUGUAUUCCAAAGCGUGGAUGCGAGUGAAAUUAGUUCGCUUAUAAUAUACCUUAUCGAUGGUUUGAAGAGACGUUCAAUUUACGUAAUUACUCAAAGCGAUUCGCAAGGAUACAGUGACGCAGCAUCAUUUUUACAAUAUAAGAAAGGUGAUCUCAUAACGCUAUUACAAGAGUCUACUGGAGAAACUUUAAUGAAUGCGACCUGGGGAUAUGGAGAAUGUAAUGGCCAUGAAGGGUUAUUCCCAACAGAACAAGUGUACAUUCUACCAACACUAACGAUGCCUCCGUCUAUGAUACUAGAAGUUUUCAAGAAAGGCAAUGUCAAUACAGACAAAAAAGUACUCUCAAAGUAUAAUACUAUACAAAGAAAGAGAAUGCACACUUUGGAGAAAUUUGCUAAGGAACAUUUCAGAGAGAAUUAUGAUAUAAAUGCUACAGUAUCAAAGCAAUCCAUGCUGACUACAGCGAAAAAAACAAUGGCAAGUGAAUUAUGGAUUCAUUCUCGAGAACCCAUACGGCAACCAUUACUGAAAAAAGUGGUGAGUGACGAAAAACUAUCAAAAGCAGCAGUUGCUGCAUUCUUUGGUAUUCUCAAAUAUAUGGGAGAUAUACCAUCUCCAAAAGCGAGAUCCGCUACUGAAUACACUGAUGAAAUAUUUAGGGCCCCUAUAACAGAACCUCUUUUAAAAGACGAAAUAUACUGUCAAAUAAUGAAGCAAUUAACAAACAAUAGGAUACAGCUUAGUGAAGAGAGAGGGUGGGAAUUAAUGUGGCUUGCAACUGGUGUUUUCACCUGUGGGCAGCUUUUGAUGAAAGAAGUUGUAGAAUUUUUAAAAACUCGACCGCAUCCUAUAGCAAAGGAUUGUUUGAAACGCUUUUUCAAAAUACAACGAGGUGGCCAAAGAAUGUACGCUCCAUAUGUAGUCGAAGUUGAAGCAAUUCAGCACAGAAGCAUGCAAAUAUAUCACAAGGUAUACUUCCCAGACGAUACCGAUGAAGCAUUUGAAGUUGACUCAUCUACCAAAGCUGGAGAGCUAUGUGAACAAAUAACUGGACGAUUAAAUCUUAAAAACAGUGAUGGUUUCAGUUUAUUCGUGAAAAUUGUUGAUAAAGUAUUCUCAGUACCAGAAACUUAUUACUUCUUUGAUUUUAUUCAUGAACUUGUUGAAUGGAUGAAGCAAACCCGGCCGGGGCGAGGAGCAGGAAACCAGUUGCAAAUGAAUUACCAAAUAUUCUUCAUGAAAAAGCUCUGGAUCAACACUAUUCCUGGAAGAGAUAAGAAUGCGGAUCAAAUAUUUUAUUUCCCUCAAGAACUACCAAAAUACUUACGAGGCUAUCAUAAAACUUCUAAACAAGAUCUAAUUGAAUUAGCUGCACUUAUAUAUAGAGCAAGAUAUGGCAACGACCAAACAGUGUUGCCACAAAUAACACAAAUGCUAGAAGAGUUUAUACCUUCUGAUAUGGUUAGAAUUCAGACAAACGCCCAAUGGAAGUCGGGCAUUAGCUCAGCUUAUCUAAAACAUGGUGCUAUGAGCAUUGAAGAAGCUAAAGAACAGUUUUUAAAGAAAAUCUAUCAGUUUCCGACAUUCGGAACUGCUUUUUUUGAAGUGAAACAAACUUCUGAUCCAUCUUAUCCCGAAAUGGUUAUCAUAGGCAUUAACAGAAACGGAGUUAGCGUAAUUCAUCCUCAAAGUCGAGAUUUGCUCGUGACAUAUCCAUUCUCACAACUGUCGAACUGGUCCUCUGGGAACACUUUCUUCCAUAUGACGAUGGGUAAUUUUGUUCGAGGAACGAAGAUCCUUUGCGAAACCUCCUUAGGAUAUAAAAUGGACGAUCUUAUAUCAUCAUAUAUUGCCGUAUUACGCCAAGCAAUGAAACAGAAACAAAGAUCG